AUGAAAGUUGUGGGUAAGGGAAACGCCAAUAUUCUAAUUGAUUUUGGUGAUGCUGAAUAUCUUUAUAGAUGUCUAGUACGAUAUGAAUCUUUGAAGAUGAAUAAUGACUGCACUAGGGAGAAUUUUGGUUACAUAAAUGAUGUGGUUAGAAAAAGUUUGGGGAGUUAUGUUUGCGAGAUGGAAUUAUUAGAGAUCCCGUUAACCGACUUCGAAUUGCUAUUGAAGGAACUUUCGAUUCAAAUUGAUGAUACCUCAUUAGUUGUCCUCAAGAUUAUUAAUUUGAAGUCUAAAGAUUAUACAAACACAUUGAAAGAUGACCAUUGUACUAAAAUUUUUGCAGAUGAAACUGCUACCAAGAUAUUACUGGAGAUUAAGCCGAAAUGGUUACAUUAUUCUACGGAUUAUUGUAGAAAUUGUACGCAUAAUACAUACAAGAACCGUGGGAUAAAUUACUGUUAUUCAAAAUUAUUGAAACAGAAAGAUCACAUAUAUGAUAUAUUGAACCCACCAGAGUCCUUACCAAUUGAAUUUUUAAAUGAUAUCGUAUUGUACUUGGAAGACGAAAAAAAUUUUCUUCAAUUAUUAUAUUCUUUACAAGAGCACUUACAUUCUGAAACAACUCAUUUGUCGAAUAUCGAUUCUGAAGACAAAGUUACAAAGGAUUUGUUGCUUUUGAUGACAUUAAGAGAUGUAACUUGUUUCUUAGAAUGGCAUUCGCUUAACAGAGGUAAAUUUAGUGUCAAUAUAAUCGAUGUUGAUUUAAAACCAAAACAUAAAUGGAAACAUUGGUCGUCAACACAUGAGGCUUUAGAGUUCUAUAAUCCAAAAUGUUACCAUAAGUAA